AUGACUACCGAACGUCAAUGGGGUGUGACACCUCCCAUUUCGACCGCCCUUCCUACCGAAAACGAGAAGCGCCUGCACGAUGCACUCCACAAGGAACUGCGUGCCCAGGGCACAUUCGAAAGUCCUGCCGAGAGAGCGAAGCGCGAGAAGGUGCUCGCAGAGCUUGAAAAGAUUACAAAUGUUUUCGUCAAGAGAGCCGCGCAAGAGAAACAACCCAAGAACUCGAUUCUGAUCCGCGAUGCCAUUGGCAGAGUGUUUACCUAUGGCAGUUAUCGGCUUGGUGUCUAUGGGCCUGGCUCUGAUAUUGAUACACUUGUGGUAGCUCCGAAAUACGUCACUGUUGAGCAGUAUUUCAGGAUCUUCCCGCAGGUGCUGGUUGAGAUGGCACCGCCUGGCGCCAUCAAGGACCUUACCCCUGUGCCCGAGGCCUUUGUCCCCAUCAUCAAGUUCGAGUUUGACGGUAUCAGCAUCGACUUGAUCUUUUGUUCCAUCCAGACCCUCAUGCAGUUGCCUGCCGAUCCUAACUGGAGCUUGGCCGACAACAACCUUCUUCGAGGUCUCAGUGAGAACGAAGUGCGGUCGUUGAAUGGCACAAGAGUGACGGAUGAGAUCCUUAACCUCGUCCCCGAACCUGCUACGUUCAAGCUCGCUCUGCGCGCCAUCAAGCUGUGGGCGCAGCGCAAGGCCAUUUAUGCAAACAUCAUGGGUUUCCCUGGUGGUGUUGCCUGGGCAAUGCUCGUGGCGCGCGUUUGCCAGCUGUAUCCGAAGGCGACAAGUGCUGUCAUUGUGAAUAAGUUCUUCCACAUCAUGGUGAAGUGGCCUUGGCCCCUCCCUGUCUUACUGAAGGAUAUUGAGUAUGGCUGCCCUGUGACGCGAGUCGCGGUUUGGAAUCCCAAGCUUUAUGCAAGCGACAGAAACCACAAAAUGCCCAUCAUCACCCCGGCCUACCCGUCCAUGUGCGCAACACACAACGUCGGCAAUUCCACUAUGGCAGUCAUCCAGCAGGAGCUGGAGAAAGGUGCGCAAAUCACCGAUGAGAUCAUGGUGGGCCGUCGCCCGUGGAAAGACCUUUUCACGAAGCACACUUUCUUCACUAAUGGGUUCAAGUACUAUCUCACGGUCAUCUCGUCCAGCAGAACCAAGCAGGCCCAAAAUGCAUGGUCAGGUUUUAUCGAGUCAAGGGUGCGCUUGCUUGUCAACAAGCUGGAAAUGCACCCCGACAUCGUCUUGGCCCGGCCGUUUAACAAGGGCUAUGACCGAGUUCACAGGGUGAAGGACGAUCGCCAGCUUGAGGAGGUCGUGGGCCAGGGUAGUCUUGCUUACUUGUACAAGGCUGCGAACGAAGCAGACAAGGUCAAGGGCAUGUCAAAGCCCGAGCCCAAGCAGGAUGCUACGAUGAAGCAGGAGAUAAAAACGGAGGUGAAGACUGAGGAUGACGUUACUGUCAAGCAAGAGAAGCAGGAGAACGGUGAGCCCAUGCCGCCGCCCGCGCCAACGAUCAAAUUCGAACCGAACGAUAGCAAGACCAAUAUGAACAAUAUCCCCAAGCACGGACAGUCGCCGGCCGUUGACCACACAAACGGGAACGUCAAGCUUGAGAACAGCGAGAAUGUCAAACUUGAAGACAUUCCCGUCAAGGAAGAAGAGGAGGAAUCUUUUAUGGAAAUCUACACCACUAACCACUACAUCGGAUUGCAGUUGGUCGAGGGUGCCAAACAACUUAAUCUCUCGCGCGAGGUGAACGACUGGAAAGCCAUGUGCAUGUCGAACGAGAUCUAUAAAGCCGAGACUAUGUUCCUGGCAAUCCAGCAUCUCAAGAACACAGCUCUUCCCGACGACGUGUUCGAGCCGGGCGAGAAGAAGCCCCAGCCGGCCAAGAAGAGUCGCAAGCGUGUUGCUUCAGAGGAGCCCAGCAGGCAGGGCUCGGCACCACCUGCGAAGCGUCAGGCCCAGGGCAAUGAGGGUGUCCAGAGUGGCCAGCUGCAACAGCCGCAGGGGAACCAGGGUAAGACGUUGGCGAGAACAUAG